UUUUAUUCCCCCCUCCUCUCUUCCUUUCGGAACAAAAGGUGACCGCUUUCUGUUUCUGCUCCUCCCUUCGCUUCCGGAUAAGCUGUGGGAAGACCCAAGGAAUUUAGGUCUCGACUGCUCCAGUUUUUAUACAACUUUUGGCAGCAACUGGAAAUGGUUAAAAGGUAUGGAGUGUUUUGAUUUGCAGAAAAUAUCAUGUUGCAGUGCAUAGAGGGAUUUAAGCAUUUAGGUGCUUCCCUACUACGGUGUUGUGAUCUUGAUUUAUAUAAACAAUCAAGAGGCCUCGAAGAUCCUGAACUUCUUGCAAGGGAGACUGUGUUCAGUGUAAGUGAGAUAGAGGCACUUUAUGAGCUCUUUAAGAAGAUCAGCAGCGCUGUUAUUGAUGAUGGGCUGAUUAACAAGGAAGAGUUUCAACUAGCGUUAUUCAAGACAAACAAGAAAGAGAGCUUGUUUGCAGAUCGGGUGUUUGAUUUGUUUGAUACAAAGCACAAUGGAAUACUAGGUUUUGAAGAAUUUGCUCGUGCUCUUUCUGUUUUCCAUCCAAAUGCCCCUAUCGAGGAUAAGAUUGAGUUUUCGUUUCAACUGUAUGAUCUAAAGCAGCAAGGUUUCAUCGAGCGACAGGAGGUGAAGCAAAUGGUAGUGGCUACACUUACUGAAUCUGGGAUGAAUCUUUCAGAUGAUGUUAUAGAAAGUAUUAUUGACAAGACCUUUGAGGAAGCUGAUACAAAACAUGAUGGAAAGAUUGACAAAGAAGAGUGGAGAAGCCUUGUUUUACGACAUCCAUCCCUCCUGAAGAAUAUGACCCUUCAAUACCUGAAGGACAUAACCACAACAUUCCCAAGCUUUGUGUUCCAUUCACAAGUCGAUGAUACCUGAACUAGAGAUUUGCAAUGAAAUUCAGCAGGCUUUUUUGAUCAUGGUUUGUUUGAUUUUGAUUUUGAUUUUGAUUUUGAUUCUAGUUGUUGGUUUGAGGAUUCUUGGUGGUGUGUGGAUAUUCACUUCUUUCACGAUACAUCCGGGUGCUAUUUACAUAUGUCAUGGUUUAAAUUUUAUCAAAAAUUUCAAUUGUUCUGUUAA